AUGCUCAUCACACUAGAAAACAACAAUACAGCCAUCACAGAGUUUAUUCUCCUGGGAUUUGGGAAUCUUCAUGGUCUACAAAUUCUCCUCUUUGUGAUAUUCUUGGCCAUCUAUCUGAUUACUCUGUCUGGCAACAUCCUCAUAUUAGUUGUUGUAUCACUCAACCGGGGCCUUCACACACCCAUGUAUUUCUUCCUGGUAAAUUUCUCCUUCCUGGAGAUCUGGUAUACAACUUCCACUGUACCUAAGAUGCUGAAAACUCUCCUCACAAUGCAUGAAGCUAUCUCCUUCUCUGGAUGCAUUGCCCAGUUUUAUUUCUUUGGCUCCAUGGCAGUCACUGAAUGCUAUCUCUUAGCAGUGAUAUCUUAUGACCGAUACUUAGCUAUCUGCAAUCCACUUCGCUACACAGCCAUCAUGAACAUCAAGGUCUGCUUUCAGAUGGCAGCUGGUUCCUGGAUAAGUGGAUUUCUGACUCCCAUCCCAACUACUGUGCUAUCUUUCAGGUUGCCAUUCUGUGCUGCCAAUGAAAUAGAUCAUUUUUUCUGUGAUUUAAGCCCUAUUUUAAAGCUCUCCUGUACUGACCCCCAUGUGGCAGAAAUGACCACAUUCAUUUUAGCAGCCAUGGUGACAAUGGUUCCUUUUUUUCUCACCUUGGCUUCAUAUGCCAAUAUUAUUUCCACCAUUCUUAGAAUCCCAUCUGCCAAGGGGAAGCGGAAAGCUUUCUCCACAUGCUCCUCUCAUCUCAUUGUGGUGACGUUGUUCUAUGUCACUCUAGGUAGUGUUUAUGCAGCCCCCUCAGCCAAACAGUCUCCAGUUCUCAACAAACUCUUCUCUCUGCUGUACACUGUAAUCACCCCCAUGUUCAACCCUAUGAUUUAUAGUCUGAGAAACAAAGAGGUCAAGGAAGCCCUGAGGAAACUCCUCUGUGAAAAGUCUUGUCCCUGCAUGGCUACCACUGUGGAACAAGAAACAACGUAUAAGGAAACCCCAACAAAAGGGGUAACAGACCAGUGA